GGGAAGCGCCGCGCCGUGUCCCUGGCGUCCUCAGUCCUGCCCCCGAAGUGGAGAUGCGCGAGAAGCUGGCGAGGGCGCGCAGCUCGUGAGACGCCGCGCCAGCCGGCACCAUGCGCCUGCGGCCGCUGCCCCUCGUCGUGGUCCCCGGCUUGCUUCAGCUGCUGUUUUGUGACAGUAAAAAGGUGGUGCAUGCCACAGAGGGGCUAGAUUGGGAAGACAAGGAUGCUCCAGGGACGCUGGUUGGAAACGUGGAGCACUCAAGGAUCAUCAAUCCUCUGCGCCUAUUUGUUAAACAGUCUCCGGUCCCCAAGCCUGGGCACUUGGUGUAUGCAGACAGCAUGGAGAACUUUUGGGAUUGGCUGGCCAACAUCACGGAGGUUCAGGAGCCACUGGCAAGAACUAAACGGAGGCCAAUAGUGAAAACAGGGAAAUUUAAGAAAAUGUUUGGAUGGGGCGACUUCCAUUCCAACAUAAAAACUGUUAAACUCAACCUCCUCAUCACGGGGAAAAUUGUUGACCAUGGAAAUGGAACCUUCAGUGUUUACUUCCGACAUAAUUCCACAGGCCUGGGCAAUGUUUCAGUGAGUUUGGUACCCCCCUCCAAAGUGGUGGAAUUUGAAGUUUCCCCGCAGUCUACCUUGGAGACCAAGGAAUCCAAAUCAUUCAAUUGUCGCAUUGAGUAUGAAAAAACAGAUCGGGCGAAGAAGACCGCCCUGUGCAACUUUGACCCGUCCAAGAUCUGCUACCAGGAGCAGACUCAGAGCCACGUUUCCUGGUUGUGCUCGAAGCCCUUCAAGGUCAUUUGCAUCUACAUUGCGUUUUACAGUGUUGAUUAUAAACUUGUGCAAAAGGUCUGUCCUGACUACAAUUACCAUAGUGAGACUCCAUACUUAUCUUCUGGCUGAAUCUUUCCACAGCCACAGAAAUGAAGGACGAAUAAACAAUCAAUUAGAAUGACCAAGAACCAAACCCAGAUCUUCAUGGUAAAGGAUCCCUUUUGUUUCUGGCAGUGAACCUUCAUUCCAUAUAAGGUUUUCAAAUUAAAAAAAAAAAAGAAAAGAAAAAGAAACAUCUUUAAAUGUGAAACGUGUGUGUUUCAAUCAUAAGUACCUUAAUCUGAAGCAUCAGAUUACAUAUGAAGCCAUCACUCUCAGUGGAAUGGCCAAGUCCUCCAGAUAUUGUUUCUCUAAAAGACGCAUCAGUGGUAGCAACAUGUAACAGGAAGGAGCCAAAUUAUGCAUGUGAUAAACAUUGCUCUUGAAAUGAGCCUGCCUUUGAAAUGUGUUUUGGAAGGUUACCUUAAAAAUAGCAGAUUCAGUAAAGCAACUGAAAAGAUAGGUAUUUGAUAGAUGAAUCACAUUUCUGACAUCAAAUUCUUUUUUUUAUUGCUGUCUUUUCUCCCACAUCUGUGCUGUUACUGAUAUGAGAGAUGAAGGGGUAAAAUUUGUUUCAGUACUCAUGUGUGAAGUUACAGUGCCACAGUAGAACAAAAUACACUGUUAUCUGAGCGAGAGUUGAGUGGAAUGUGAUUUAAAAACACUUAGUCCUGGGUUGGCCACCAUCCUUAUGAGUCUCAUCUGAGCAGUAAUAUUAGGGUAUUAAGAAAGCAAAUCUGGAUAUAACAUUAAGUCAGCUCAACAAUAAUGAAGAUCAGGAUGUUUUUGGAUUCUUUUGCCAAAUUCAGUGCUGUGAAGUCGUCAAAAAUAUCCUAAAUCCCUAUUCAGUCUAUAACCUCAUUCUACUCCUUUAGUAGUAUGAUUUUUAUAUACCUGUGUAGAACAACUCUGAAAUUGAGAGAAAGUGAUCGUUUCUGAGGGUAGGAUGGAAAAGAAACUGGAAGUGGAAGGAGGAAAUUCCAGGAUGAUUAGUCAUCAUUUCUAGCCUUUUAGAUUAAGUUCUCCUUGCAUUUAAUUAUUUAAAUGAGGGAUCAAAUUCUACAGAAAGAAAGAGGAUAUUUAAACAUGACUAUUAUGAAGUGUUAAUUACCAAGAUACAUGACUCGUCAGGCUUUUGAGAUGACUUCCACGAUCUGGUCCUUCUCAUCUUCUCUGAGGGGGUCGACGGUCAUCCUAUGUCAAAAGACUGGCUGAUCUGUGAAUUAGCAGAGGAAGAGAGUGUGGCUGACCAGUGAAAAGAUUUUUAGAAUGUGUAAGACUCAUGGAAUGGUUACUCUUUUUACCAUAGAUGUUAACUUUUCUCCUUCUUAUCUGUAAAAUAUCACUUACAGUAAAACAUUAAAUGGAGGACUGAAGGACGACCAGUCCUAACCAACAAAAAUGCUCUUACCACCUUGUUCAGAAAGGCAAUAGCCCUCAUCUCUGUUUUGCAUCUCCAUGCCUUUCCUUUUCCUGGUGAUAUCUGCACAGUGUUUGGUUUUUUGUCUUUUGUAAAAAAUUGUACUAGGCUUAGUGUGUGGUAGUACAGGCUUGACAUUUUUGCUCUGAGUUCAUCCAGUGCUUUUGUAAUUUUGUGGUUGGUGUGAAAUACUUUGAAACAUCUUUUUAUUUUCACUUAGAAACAAGAUUAAAAUACUAUUUAUUGUAAAAUAUGUGGGAAUCAUAUAUGUAUAUACACUUAGAAUUUUCUGUGUACAGAGAGUAUGUGUACACAUUUCUAUGUAAAUAAAAAGAA